UCCUCCCCUCAGGCCUUGGGGCCUCAGGGCUCCUCAGGGGCCAGGGGUGCCCUGCCCAUCCCAGCUUGACCAGCCCAUCUGGGCCUGACCACAGCAGCUCUUCAGGGCUGCGCCUCAUUCCUCAUUCCCUCUUUUCCCUUCUUCCCGUACUUUUCUCCUCCAACCCCCAGAGCACAGAGCAGGCGCAGGCUGGCCAUCCAUUUCUUCCUCUUUGAACUCCCUCAGCCACUGCCCCUCCCACGGGUCCAUCCAUCUGUCUGUCUAUGUGACUCUCUCCCUCCAUAUCUUCCUCCACCCUCUUCUCUGCAUUUCCACUCACUCUCUUAGUUCUCUCGGUGCAUUUUCAUGUUCACUCACUCCUCCUCUUCCUCUCUCCUGAGUGCCUCUUCUUGCUUUCUCCUGUGCCAGCUUCCUGGAGCAGUAGCCACAGCUCUGCAAGAGCCCAGAGCCUGGGUGGCCCAGCCUGGAGGUUCCAGUGGCAUCCGCUGGAGAGGCCCUGGGGUCACUGCAUUUCCUGCUAGGGGUGACUUAGCAGUGAGAGAUUCAACUUCCUUACUUCUGCAAUUACCAGGCGCCGCUGAGGCCACACUGUGCCUAGGACUCGCACUGAGGUGCUCCGGCUGGGCAGCUGUGGCCUCUGGCCCCACCACAGGCACAGCCAGGACCAGAUGAGCAGCUUCCCCUUCUGGUCCUGAGAGAUGGAGACACUGAAUUCCUCCCGCGUGGACUCAGAGUUCCGGUACACCCUCUUUCCGAUUGUUUACAGCAUCAUCUUCGUGCUGGGCGUUGUUGCCAAUGGCUAUGUUCUGUGGGUUUUUGCCAACCUGUAUCCUUCCAAGAAACUCAACGAGAUCAAGAUUUUUAUGGUGAACCUCACCGUGGCAGAUCUGCUCUUCCUGAUCACACUGCCGCUGUGGAUCAUCUACUACUACAACCAGGGCAACUGGGUCCUGCCCAAAUUCCUGUGCAAUGUGGCUGGCUGUCUCUUCUUCAUCAACACCUAUUGCUCGGUGGCUUUCCUGGGCGUCAUCACGUACAACCGCUUCCAGGCGGUGACACAGCCCAUCCAGACUGCUCAGGCCAGCACCCGCAAGCGAGGUAUCUCCUUGUCCCUGAUCAUCUGGGUGGUCAUUCUGGCCAUCGCAUCCUACUUCCUCAUCAUGGACUCCACCAAUGUGGUGACUAACAUGGACGGCUCCAGCAACGUCACCCGCUGCUUUGAGCACUACGAGAAGGGUAGCAUACCGGUCCUCGUCAUCCACAUCUUCAUUGUGUUCUGCUUCUUCGUUGUCUUCCUCAUCAUCCUUGUGUGCAACCUGAUCAUCAUCCACACGCUGCUCAUGCAGCAGGUGCAGCAGCCCCGCAAAGCAGAAGUCAAGCGCCGGGCGCUGUGGAUGGUCUGCACGGUCUUGGGUGUCUUCAUCAUCUGCUUCGUGCCCCACCACAUGGUGCAGUUGCCCUGGACCCUUGCUGAGCUGGGAUUCCGGGACAUGGAUUUCCACCAGGCUAUUAAUGAUGCACACCAGGUCACCCUCUGCCUCCUCAGCACCAACUGUGUCCUGGACCCUGUCAUCUACUGCUUCCUCACCAAGAAGUUCCGCAAGCACCUCACGGAGAAGCUCUACAGCAUGCGAAGCAGCCGGAAGUGCUCUCGGGCCACCACUGACACUGCCACCGACAUCAUUCUGCCGCUCAACCACAUGCCUGCUGGCUGCCUUAAAAACUGAUGCCUAUUGGUUAGAGGGCUCCAGGGGCUUCUGCACACACAUGGUGGGCAGGCUGAGCUGGCAGAACGGAUGUCUGGGCACCUCCAUCCUGGGCACGUGUGUGGCCCAUUAGAUACAGAGGCUGCAGCAGCCACGUGGGGAUGCUAAUCAGUACUGCAGUGCACCCGCGUCAUCCGCCUCUGAGCACUUCCUGUGACAACUGUGGCUGAUGACUUCCUUCUGACC